AUGCUCAUGGCCUUGGAUCCCAACGUGAAGGAGUUGUGUGUCUUUGAUCUCAGCGUUGCCAUGGUGCCCCCCGCGGGCGUCGCAGCGGAUCUGGGACACCUGGAGAGGAAGAGUGACGUGAAGGGCUACGUGAUGGAGGUCGGUCAAAAGCCGAUCGACAACCUCAAGGAGUGCCUCACCGGAUGCGACUUGGUCCUGGUGCCUGCAGGCAUGCCCCGUAAGCCCGGCAUGACGCGCGAUGACCUUUUCAAGGUGAACGCUGACAUUGCCAAGGGCAUUGUGGAGGCAUGUGCAAAGUUUUGCCCCGAAGCCGUUUUGGGGCUCAUCGUGAACCCCGUCAACUCCAUCGUGCCAGCCAUGGCUGAGCUGUAUAAGAAGAAGGGUCUCGACCCUCUGAAGAUCGUGGGCAUCACCACUCUGGACGUGGUGCGUGCGAACAAGCGGCGGCGCUCGGAGGGGGUCGGGUUCUCCGGCGAGAUCACGGGAAAGAACCCCAACUACAUCAACGCACGGGGCACCGAGGGGCCCUUGUUCCCCGAGUCGCGACCGCUGUCCACCGGUGUCCCCCGAGUCGCGGUUGGGAGCUCCAGCGGCUUCGUGGCGGGGUUUGAAGAGUACGUCUGCGAGAAACUUCAGUCUGCCUUCUGUGGCCCAGCGCUGACCUCGGAGCAGCUGCAGGUGGCGAGAAGAGCUGAGAAGGGCCUGGCGAAGAGCUCCUCGGGGAUCCAGGCGGAGAAGAAGUACGAUGGCAUUUUGGAUGAGCUAGAGGAGGCUGCGGUGAUCCAAGAGCAGGACGAGGGCGAGGAGGGCGAGGAGGAGGAGGACAGUUGGAAGGGGAUCAAGGAGACCUUCGGCUGGGUCCUGGUGGCGGAUGUCUUCAUCAUCAUCGGGCUCUCCAUUUGGCUGAUCGUGGGCUUUGCGCUGGCGCAACUCUUUAACAUUGAUCAAGUCUACCUUGCUUUCACCAAUCUCUGGGACCCGUACAUCCAGAGCCUCAUCGGCAUCCUCUUCGGGGGGCGGCGCCAAGGCGAACUGAGCCGGUUCGCACGAGCGAACUCGAUGUGUCCAGCGAGCCAACGUGCGACGUGUCCAGCCGAAGGUAGCCAGACCUUUCAUCACGAAAUCCGCAUUAUGCUGUCUUCGACCAGCUUGUGCACCUGUCAGCUCCGCUCCGUUUCGUGCCACGUUUCGCGCGUGUGGUCAGAGCUCCGCGCGCUCCACGGCACCACAGAGCGGCGACUGGUGGCCAAGACGAUUGAUGCAGAGAAGAUUCCAGAUUUGGACAAGCGGGCUUGCACGUCCAGGACGCGCGGAACCUCAGACGGACGCACGGAAGCCAUCGCUGCCGGCACAGAUGUGGUGAAUGCCAAGAGUGGCAAGGGAAGUGCAACGUUGUCGAUGGCCUACGCAGGCCCCGCAUGA